UAGUUUGUCUUUGGAUUCCGAUGCUAGUAGAUCGCCUCGCUUCAAGUUGAAAGGAAAAAUAACUUUUUUAUUGAAUAAUAUACAUUGAGUGUGCAUUUAGUGUGCGGUACAUCAUCAUAAAAUUAAGAUUUUGUUUAUACAAUUUCGUUUUUAUGGUUUACUGAAAUUUGUGGUUUUCGAGUUAUAAUUACGUUUUUAUUACCCUUUCGCCGAAGUGUUUGUGGGUGAAAUAUAUUGUAAACGAAAACAGAAUCUGACGGAUAAUUUUUAACGUUUAUUGUUCGGUAUUAUACAAAAACCGGUGGUGAAAAUUAUUUUUGUUUAAAAAAAAAAAUAUUUCGAAAAGGAAAACAAGAAAAUAUUUUUAAGAAAUAAAUGACCAGUGAAAAAUGAUACCACCCACACCAACUUCAUUGACCACAAUGCCAGCGUCUAAAACAAAAAUCGGUUUUAGCAUUGAUUCAAUCGUUGGUGAAGAUGUGAUUCGUUCGCCCAAGGAUGUUAAAAGUGAUUUUAAAUAUACAAAUGAUUAUCAGACUGAAAUCGCCCGAGCCCUUCGAAUAUCCGAUUCGAUCAGUAACGAUGCACAAAAGAUCCGGUCGGAUAUCGAGAACAGAGACUCACAACAACGGAAUGUGUCAAAUUUAUUCGAGUACUCAAGCGUACAAAGAGAACGGUCAAACAGUCCGUCACAUAACCAAUCAAAUUUCCCGUCGGAAGAAAGUGUUAUACGUAGAUCGAGAUCGCCGUCGCCGCAUCGCAGUGACACAAAUCAAUUUAUGAACUUACAUGCCGGUCCGAUUCGGCCACUUCCUAUAGUACCGCAGAAUUUAAUCGAGAGUAAGACUAUACCGCCGUACAUCAAUCUGCCGGGAUUGCCGCAAGUACACAAUUCACAGUAUAUGCAGGCACAAUUUCAAAUGGCUGCUGCAUUAGCUCAACGACAGGCGGAACAUGGAUUCCCUGCUAGUGCUAAAUUUGGCAGCCAUCCACCACAUUUAGUGAAUCCAAAUAUGGCAAGGGAAUAUCCGCUGUAUCCAUGGCUAUUGAGCAGGCAUGGGCGAAUUUUUCCACACGGAUUUCCUGGAAAUUUCCUACUACACCCAUUUAGGAAGCCGAAACGUGUUCGAACAGCAUUUUCACCUUCACAACUACUAAAAUUGGAACAUGCAUUUGAAAGCAAUCAAUAUGUGGUCGGUGCAGAACGUAAAGCACUGGCACAAGCCCUUAAUUUAUCAGAGACUCAGGUCAAAGUAUGGUUUCAAAAUCGUCGAACAAAACACAAACGAAUGCAGCAAGAAGAAGACUCAAAAGGCGGAAAUGGCAAUAAUAAUUCCACAAAUAACGACGGUUCGAUCCAGAGCUAUCACGAGGACGAAAUGAUCGAUAUGGAAGACUGCUUCAGUGAAGACGAUAGUGAUUCACAGCACUAACUGAAUUUUUUCUUUACUUCAGUCAAAUUUAAUACAAAAAAGACAAAAAGUUGAAGAAUAAGAAAAGAACGAAAAAUUGAAGAGAAACAACACAACAACAACAAAAACUGUAAAACAAUUUUAAAAAAAGAAAAAGAUGGAGAAACAGAAGAUGAUAAAAAAAACUAAGAAUUGAGAAAGGUUGUUGCAAUUUACUUGUUUUAUACAUAGUUUUCAUCACGAUAUUUCAAGUUUUGUGAUAAAAUGUUGCCGGACUUGUAUUUGUAAACACUUAAUUACCAUAAAUAGAUGUUUUUUAAAUGAGUGCCAAAAGUUAAUAAAUUUCAGUGAUUAAUAACAACUUAAUUAAUUUUAAGCUCAUGUGUGUAGUUUGUGGAAUAUAUAUAUAUGAAAAACAAAACAAAAAAAAAUUAAUAAUAAACUUAAUCAAGUCUAUCAUUAAGAAUAAAAGAUAAAUUAUAAAACUAAACAACAGAUGAAACAACAAAGAGAGAUAAAAAAAAGAAGACGAAGAAGAAAUGGAAAAGAAAUGAAUGUAAUGCAACACUAAAAAUGUAUUUCAAAUCUGUCAAUAUCGAAUGACACACCAUCGACAAUAUUUUUUUAUGGGGAGAAAAAAGUGUUUUAAUUUAUUAAAUUUUUUUUUAUAUUUUUCAUUUAUUUUUGUUCGUUUCUCGAAUCAUAGGACAUUGUAUCGAAUAUAUAAAACUUCGAUAAAAAUCAAAUACAAGCACACCUAUGCGACCGGCGGCUACAUGCGUUUUAUGUGUAUAUAUUCUAUCUAUCUCUCUCUCUAUAUAUAAUUACUUGUGCGUAAAUCAUUGACAUUGUUCGUUAUUAUGUUAAAAAAUAUUGGAAAAUGUUUAUAAUAUGAAAAAUCUACCUAUAAAGUCGAGUGUGUAAGGGGACGAGGAGGAUAGGUAAAACCUUCUUCUUCUUCUAUAAUCUGGUAGUAAACUAACGUUUUGAAAACUGAUUAUGAUAAAUUGGAGGUAAGCAGCCCGAAUUCCGUUUCUUGUGGUACAUCCAUUUUCAAACGACCACACCGCCCCUAAAGGACCGACUAUCCUGAGUCAGAAUUUCUGACCUAAUUAUCUUAGUUAUGAAUGCAAUAUACGUUUCACAAGGAUUUCAAUGCUUCCGGGAUGGAAAUGAAAUCAAUUUUGGAUUUCUUUUUCUCGAGUUUUCGUCCCUUUGCAUUUCGCUAGUUGUAGUACCGAACGAAAAGAGUAUUUAACGUUAGUCCGAAAACACAUCGGAAAGCACACGAGCAUUUUCGCGUUACUGAGAUCGAGAAUUAUGCUUCGUUAUCCAUUGUUUAGCGUAUACAAAUCGGAUUACAAAUUGUAAUUUACAAUGGACAACGAAGCAUAAUUGUCUAGAUCUCAUUCGUUAGACACUCUUCUGUUCGACACACGUUGCGAAAUUGGUUUCCGACGGCCAAUUAUAAAGCCAUCCUGAGUUCAUUCAGUAGAUCAUUAAAAGUAUUCAUUCAACAUCAUCGUCUUUACUUUCUGUGAUCCUGAUAUCUAUCGCAAUCGACACUUUGUGCUGACGCUAUUCGUGUGUUUGAGUCUUUUUGAAUGAUUGAAUCAGUCAACAAUAAAAACAAUUGAUCGAAAUCGGCUCAAAAUUCGAUUUUCAAGAAGUAAAAGUCGGUGUGAAUACGUGUAAUAGCGACGGCAAUUCGAUCCGACUUCGAAGGUUUUCCUGACGCCUCCUUCAUAUCAUAAUCAGGUUUUUGAAUGUUAUUCAAAUUCUAAUUUGACAUUACUCAUUUACGCUGUCGACCACUAUUUCCUUUUUAGUCUCGGAAUAACAACGGUAAAAUGUUACAGCUUAAGCUGCUCGGAAAACUUGACAAACUCCUUUUUGAAUGUAAGAAGGUGGAAGCCUAUCUUUUGUGUAUCACAUAAGAAAAAGGCAGAGACUCCUACCCUAACUUCGAAAAAAUACGAAUUUUUCUAUACCUUUCCAGCAACUUAAGUUGUAACUCUGUUGAACGUUGUGGCCCCAACUACUUAAUUUUACGUAUAAAUAUAUUUUCAAGAGGUUGAUUAUUAUAUUUAAAA